UGAGACCCCCUCCCUUUUCUUACGAAAUCUGGAGUAUCGUAUUCAAGACACCGGUACAGAGGAAUCCGUAGCCAUUUUGGCUCAGGCAGCCUCGCUUCGAGGAAGCCACCGGGCCCCCGCGAGAGGUUCCUGCGCGCCGCCGGUGCCGGCACGCCGCUGCGAUGGCAGAGGAGGAGGGGCAGGAGAUCAUCUUCACGGAGAACACCGCCCCCGAUCGGGAGAUUUGGGACGAGAAGGGCGGCCUGAUCAAGAAGGGCGCCGCGGAGAUCGCCGAGCGCGACUCGGACCACGUGCCCGAGGUCAAGAUCCUCACGACGAUGGGGAUGUUCGCAGUGCCGGUAACCGCGGAGACCACGGUUGGCGAGAUCAGGCAGAAGGUGCAGGAGUGGAAACCCGAGUACUCCCUCGAGCAGAUCGAGCUCGUCUGCAAGGACAAGGACGCGUGGGGACCACUGUUCAACAAGACAUCGCGUCCGCGCGAUGACGAUGAGACGGUGGAGUCGCUGUGGAGCGACUGGGACAUCCCGCGGCGCAUGAUGCAGGUGGCUUUGUGGAUCAAGGAGAAGAACGAGGAGACGGGCGAGUGGGAGAGCACCUUCUGGAAGAUGCUCGAGGAGUCCAAGUGCGACGAUUGGAGCUUCCAGGGGCACACGAUCUGAGCCCGGGUUUUUCUCAAGAUAAGCGCUUUACGUUGCGCGUCGGCGCGUGAACUGUGAAUAUCCCGAUCGCAUCGUGCAGCCUAGUGUUUGGCCCUUUGAAAA